GGUGCUGAAGUGCCACUCUAUGUGGUGGUAGAGGGACGCGUACUGUCCGUGGUGCUGAAGUGCCAGAGUGCCACUCUAUAAGGUCGUAGAGGGACGUACGCUAUCCGUGGUACUGAAGUCUACAGUUCUACAGUACUAAAGUGUGAGAGUAGUGUGGGGUGUGAGCCGGAGUGUGUAUGAGUGUGUGAGUGCUGUGUGUGUGUGUGUGCUGGGGGCGGGCACUGUCCGCAGUGCUGAAGUGCCGGAGUGCUGCCGUGUAUGAUACUCAUCUAUGCGUGUGAAGAGUGGAGAUGACCGGGAAAAGCAGGCAGUGUGCAGCCGGAUGGGGAUUCAAAGCAUUGGAAAUAGCAGCUUUGCUGAGUCUGGUGGCCACGAAGGAGCCGGAGAGCCCUCGAAACAGAGCAGUGCCCAUGUCUCCUUCAGACUUCCUGGACAAACUCAUGGGGAGGACCUCAGGAUACGAUGCCAGGAUUAGACCCAACUUUAAAGGUCCUCCUGUGAACGUGUCCUGCAACAUCUUCAUCAACAGCUUCGGCUCCAUCGCUGAGACCACCAUGGAUUACAGGGUGAACAUCUUCCUGCGGCAGCAGUGGAACGACCCGCGGUUAGCCUACAGCGAGUAUCCUGACGAUUCCCUGGACCUCGACCCGUCCAUGUUGGACUCCAUCUGGAAGCCGGACUUGUUCUUCGCUAACGAGAAGGGGGCGCACUUCCACGAGGUCACCACCGACAACAAGCUGCUGAGAAUAUUCAAGAACGGCAACGUCCUUUACUCUAUAAGGCUGACCCUGACGCUUUCAUGUCCGAUGGAUCUGAAGAACUUCCCCAUGGAUGUGCAAACGUGCAUUAUGCAGCUGGAGAGCUUUGGCUACACCAUGAACGAUCUGAUCUUCGAGUGGCAGGCGAACGGUCCGGUGCAGGUGGCCGACGGACUGACGCUUCCACAGUUCAUCCUGAAGGACGAGUCCGACCUCAGAUACUGCACCAAACACUACAACACAGGAAAGUUUACCUGUAUUGAGGUGCGGUUUCACCUGGAGAGGCAGAUGGGUUACUAUCUGAUCCAGAUGUACAUCCCCAGCCUGCUGAUCGUCAUCCUGUCCUGGGUCUCCUUCUGGAUAAAUAUGGACGCCGCUCCAGCCCGUGUAGCUCUGGGCAUCACCACCGUGCUCACCAUGACCACGCAGAGCUCCGGCUCCAGAACAUCCCUACCAAAGGUGUCCUAUGUGAAGGCUAUAGAUAUCUGGAUGGCGGUGUGUUUGCUGUUCGUGUUCUCGGCUCUGCUGGAGUACGCAGCCGUGAACUUCGUCUCCAGGCAGCAUAAGGAGCUGCUGAGGUUCCGCCGGCGGAGGAAGAAGUCCACCAAGCUGCAUGAUCGCUCGUUUGAAGAGGAACUGUCCGAAUCGUUGCAGAGUGUCAACGGCCUGAGGAGCGCUGACCCUGUGUACGGAUCCAUGGAUCAAAUGUCCGAAUCCAAUGACAGGGAGGAGGAAGUGAGGGAGAGCUGCCUGAGCUUCACAGCCAAUGCGGGCAAAGACGGCACCAUGACCAAGCCCACCAACAACGCAGCCAGUACUCCCAAGGGGCAGCCCACCCCCACCGCGCCCCAGGCUGGCAAGAGUACGGAGGAAAUGAGGAAAAUCUUCAUCGACCGUGCCAAGAAGAUCGACACGGUCUCACGGGCCGGCUUCCCCCUGGCCUUCCUGUUCUUCAACAUCUUCUACUGGGUGCUGUACAAGAUCCUGCGGCACGAGGACUUCCACAAAGCCUAGAGAUCGAGGUCGAAAUCGAGUUAUGUGUUCAAAACUGUACGUACUGUGUGUCCGAAAGCAUCUGGAAACCCUUUCUAUUUACUGGAUUGAGUGGAAAUCCUACUGGGUAAUGCACUUACUACCUGUUGAAGGGGAAAAUGGAAAACCCAGUGUGAAAUUGUGCACCCACAACCAUGAAACCUCUAUAAAAAAGCACUGGCUGAAGAAUAGAACACUUUGAGAUGGUUUUGGGAUGCUUUGGAGCAGCCAAUGGCCAUCAUGUUGCCAUCAAAGCCAAACCUCAGCGAAUGAGAUCUUUUUAAAGAUCUUUGGAAAAAUAAACUGGAUACUACUGGAGUUUAGGAUGAUCAAAAACUAUAUAAAACAUAUCUGGGAUGAGCUGAAAAAACAUUGGAACGACUUUUGGAUUCAUCUUAAUGAAGUCCUUUAUUUCAGGAUCUAAUAUAGAAAGUCUUCCCACAAGUUUAGAAGCUGUUAUUGUAGCAAAACCUGAACCAAUGUCUUGAACUUCUUCUUGAACAUCCUUAAUUAAUGGACGCCAUAUUGGAUGAGCAGGUGUUAUUGGAACACCUGUGGACAUACCUUAUAUUAUUGGUUGAUGGUGUUUAAUGGACUUUGGGAGGACUUCUGAUAACAAAAAAACACCAAAACCAAUGGAUAAAUUGUGAAGAUAUGAGCUGAAAAACAAAAAAACAACAAAAAAUAAAAAGACCAAUCAGCCAGUUCCUGUAGCUAUCGGUAGCUAUGUAUGCUACCAGUGCUGUGUCUCACAAACACAUACACAAAUACAAACACUUGUGCAAGAAGACACCACACACACACACACACUCUCACACACUCUAUGCAACUGGGAGGCACCAACAAAGCCUCUGAGCUAUAUAUAUAUAAAAGCACCACACACCCAGCAGCAACACACAGUAUUCACAGUAAAUUUCCACCUGAAACAGAAGCUCCACUUUGACCUUCUUUGAAGACAAAUGUAGGGUCUUCACCAACUGCUUCCAUUAUCUCUUACUUUUGGACUUCUUGUCCUCGAGCUUCUAUUGCCAGAGUUAAGAGUGUGUGUGUUUUCAGACAGCUCUGUUACACUGAAACCUUUUGUUUGACCGUAUUUUAAAAAAAUAAGAUUUCUUACGGAGAUACUGUAGAUGUCUUGAACUACAUUCUUCAGUUUUUACUACAAAUACCAGCAUUCUGACUACAGUUAAAUCGCCAGAUUAAAGGAAAUAUUCACCCUAAUUUUCAAUUUCAUGCCUAUAGCUGGUUUGCUCUGGUCUAAAUCCAUUUAAGCAUGGAUGCCAUGGUUGCUUGGUCCCUUCUGUCUUCUAUCUGAUAGAAAUUAAGCCGAAAAAUGUUUGCAGUGUUGUCAAAUUUGCAACAGGAGACAGGAGUGUAAAAGAGCUUCUUAACAUCUCAAACUCAAUAAAUAUAUACAGUAGGUUCUAAAUUAUUUUAGAAUCGUACAUAUAGUGUGUGCAGUAUGCUAGUGCAUCUCAGAAAAUUUGAAUAUCGUUAAAAAAGGUGCUUUAUUUCAGUAAUUCAGUUCAAAAUGUGAAACUUAUAUAUUAUAUAGAUGUAUUAAAAACAGAUUGAUCUAUUUUUAGUGUUUAUUUCUUUUAUUGUUGAUGAUUAUUAAGGCUUACAGAAGAUGAAAACCCAAAAAUCAUUGUCUCAGAAAUUUUGAAUGAAGACCGAUUGGUACUGCUAGAAAAUGAAAUCCAAAUCUGUAUAAAAGCUCUCAGCAGAGGCAAGUGUGGCAAGAAAGGAAAAAAAAACAUCUAAUUCACGUUUCUUUACAAACAAACACUAUUGUAACUUUUUUUUGUAUGGGAAAAUACACUUUAAAAGUUGGUGCAACAUUUCCACAAAUGUUUUCCUUCUGAUUUAAUUUAUCAAUCAGGCUUUUCUUAACCUUCUAUGGCAUGAAUUGUAUGUUUUUGGAGGAAAAUAAUUAAAAAUUAUUUUUAGCAUUAUUCCCCCUACAAAGGAUUACUCCACCUUCAAAGUAAGACCCCGAAUUUUAUUAGAUUUAUUAGGAAAAAACGAACAUUAUAAAAAUUAAAGUAAUGGUAAAACAAAACCAAAAGAAUGGUUUGCUGUCUGAGGGCAACUCCAUGCCAUAGAUGUUUAAGGCUUUUUACUCAUUCAAAUGGAUAAAAAUACUAAUUAAAUAUGUGGCUUUUUUUUUGCUGCAAUCAUGAGACGUGUGUAUUUCAAUUCUAAUAAUAAAAAUAAUAUUGUCUAUUCUGUAAAUAUCAUGAUACAAUAUAUAUAUAUAUAUAUAUAUAUAUAUAUAUAUAUAUAUAUAUAUAUAUAUAUUACAAUAUUGCCCAGCCCUUUAUUAGGACCAGAGCAAACCAACUAUACUGUUGUAGGUCUUUUAAAAUGCCCUCAGUAAAAGGGUGGUUUUAUACAUUUGGUCUAAGUGUGAUUACUGCGUUCACACCUGCCCAAACAGAUGCCGUUCUGUUAGAUAUGUGAAAAAACACAAUUUAGUGGGGAAGUGACGACAAAAUGCAGAACUAUGGAACCAUGUGAGAAGAAUCGCUCUUGGUUAACAGCAGCUGAACUAACAUGAGAUAAGACCAGAGAACAAAACACUGGUGAAUCAUUCCUUUAGUCUCCAAACUGCCUCCAGACCAGCAGGAAAACUGUGUUUACACUGAAAAUAAGCUUAAAAUCAUCAUCUCCUACUACUAAACUGUAGAUCCACAGCCCUCUACCAUCUGUGGAUGCUGAUAUUCAAUCAGAUUAAUCAGAAUCAGCCCACCUUUAAAUUUAGGGCGUUUUCACACCUGUAUUUGUGAAAGUUUCUAUGAUCCGGAUCAGUUGAUGAGUUUAAUUGUGUUUAUUUGGAUCGUUUUCUCCCUCUGUUUGGUUUGGUUUGGUUUCACACAGGCAUAAAAAAAACUAAAAGCACCAAAAUACUCACCAAUAAACCACGCAAGCACAUCUCAUGUCUCCUCUGAUUGGUCAGAGCUGUCUGGUGCGAGAGCAAGAAAGUAAAUAUAACAAGAAGAUUCUGUGUUCCAGUGCGUAUAAUUUUAUGUCUGUGCAGUGUGAAGCUGCUUUAAAGCCCCACAAGGUAGGAUUUCCUUGAUUUUUUUGAUCUUUUUAAAGAAGUAAAAUUACAGCUUGAAACUCACUGCAGCGCUGCAUUGAGGUGUAAUAGGAGGAAUAGCGGUGCUCUCGUGUCUGUGCUGAAGCUCCUCUGAGCUCAAACCAGACUCUGUAAGUUUUCAGAGGCGGCCGCAACCAACACUCGCCAGAACUGCGACCUGCUUUCCGACCUUUAGUUCCAACAGUUCUACAAGGACUACUGGUUCAUUCUUUACAAUCUAAAAUACAGACACUCUGGCAGAAGCUGGAAAGAGACCGAAUAUGUCUGUGAAAGCCAGAAAACGACAAAGAGAAACUAAAAUCCGCCUGAAACAUAUAUUACACUCUGCAACUGUAGGGGGAGCCCACGAGCACAAAAUCUCAAUCCUACCUAGUGGAGCUUUAACACAGCCUUUAAACACAGUGUUUUAAAUGGGAGUCUCGCAGCUGUGAGCAGUGAACGCAGCACAUACCACAUUUUUAGUGUGUAAACAGCAUGGAGCAGCAGCAGAGACAGCUGUAGUAAUUAGCAUUGCUAUCUGGCUAAUAUAUCAAAAUAAACUGCUCAUUAUCAGCAGUUCAGCUCAAAUAAAAGGAGUAUAUUUAAUAGCUGGGUCAGAUCGAGAUCAGAAUCAUGUUCUUACCACAAGCAAACAGCUUCAGAGACAAUUUAAACCAGAUUAAAUAGUGCUGGUGUGAAAACGCCCUAAAGCAACCCUGUCCAAUAAACCACUGCCUGAUGUUAAAUAUACACAGCAUGUUGGACUAAAACGAAUCUAUGUGCCUGGUAGCAAAAACUGCCUAAAUGCUUGGCUAUUUUAUGUGUAAUAAAAUAAUAGAAGAGGGCGGGAUAGACAGAAUAUUGAGGGGAAAAAAAACACAGAAAAAAAAACAAAGAAAACUCUGCUUUUUCAAUGGAAGAAUUAUAUUAACGUGUUUUUUAAUGGUUUAUUAUGUUUCAAUAUAUAUGUAUAUAAUUUAACAUAAUUUCAAAAGAAUCCUGCACAAACAAUAUUAUAUACACUACUGGUCAAAAGUUUUAGAACAUUUUUUUUUUUUUUUAUCUUUAUUUUUGCCAUUUAAUCUCUUCAGGUCCAGUCAGUAACCGGGAAUGGGACAAAAUCCAAAAAAAAAAACAGUGAAGUUUAGUAAUAAAUAAUAAAAAUAAAUUAAAUUAUCGAUAAAAUGAGGGAAAAAACAGCAACAUUUGACUGGUAGUGUAUGUAAAGAAAAUUAAUUCUGUACAGAUUGAAUCAGACCUAGAGUACAUUUGACAGUAAUGUUGGAAACACUGUUCCUGGGUUAAAAUGUGCUAAAAUGCUGAUAAACAGAUUUUGUAAAGGAAGAGAAGAGAGAGCAUGUCUGGUGGUUAUGUGAUAGUGUGAAUAGAUAGAGUAGAGAAAUGGCAAUAUAAGCUAAAUACAUUUUUCAUAUUAAAUAAAAAAUAAAAAAGCGUUAAAUAUGAUCUUUGAAAGCCCUGUUUGGAUUGAUUUAAAGGUAGUUGGCCACAAAUUUAUUAUCAAAUUAUAGACAAGCAAAAAAAAAAAUAUCUUAAAUUUCAGUUAAAUAUAUAAUGCACUGCAUGAGAGGCGUUCAGAUCUGGACCUUGAAUCCAGUUUCUAGUGCUGGAUAGUAUUGUGACACCUACAGGAACUUUUAGGUUGUCCCAUUCUAAACCAAUCAGCAUUAAUAGGGAUUUUUAAUAUCGAAACUAAAUUUGAAUUUAAUGGUUAACAGGUGUGUCCCAAUACUUAUGUCCAUAUAUUACAUUUCAUAUUACACAUAUUUCACAUAUACAUUGUUCAAUGAUAAAGUUAUAGUUAAAAUUAUACGUGUAUAAUUAAUAAUUAUAUAUAAUUAUGUUACGUUUAUAAGCUGAAAGUGUGAAAGUAGGUGAAAGUACCAUAAAACUAGAACUGCAUGAAUAAUUUGACUAAAAAUGGUAAAAACAAUAAUUGAAAAAUGAGUGAAAAGACUAUAUUAUUUGUACCAAACAAUGACUAAUGUGUUUUCAUUCAUCAGCUUGUUUGGUCUAUCUGCUGGGAUGUUAGAAUAAUGUGUUCAAAAAAUGUUUUUAAUCAUAGUUUUGUAGCUGCUUUUUCUUUGCAAAGUAAGUAAGUAACAAAUACAUGUAAUUAAUUAAUAAACCAAGUAGCACAAUUUAUGAAAACCAACUAAAAACUGUGUUGGGUAUUCGGUAUUCAGCCAAAAUUCAGGUUUAUUUCGUUCAGUUUUAUGAUAUGACAUGGCUUCUUCCUGGGCAAGAAUGGAGAAAUGCGUCUGUAAUUUUCUCAGGGGAGGAGCAGAAAUUAUAUAAGUUUAUAAGCUGAAAACAGGUGAAACUAUCAUAAAAUUAGAUAUGCAUUAAUAAUUGCCAGCCAAAAUAAUUAGGUAAAAAUGGCAAAUGAUAAUUAAAAAAUAAGUGAAAAGACUAUAUUAUUUGUACCAAACAUUGAUUAAUGUGUUUUCAUUCAUGAGCUUGUUUGGUGUAUCUGCUGGGAUGUUAAAAUAUUAUAUUAAAAAAAAAAUUUAAUCGUAGUUUUGUAGCUGUUUUUUCUUUGCUAAGCAAUUCAAAAAUACAUUUAAUUAAUGUAUUUAUUUACUGCAUUUGUGAACCAAGUGGCACAAUUUAUGAAAACCAACAAAAAAACUGUGUUGGUAUUCAGUAUUCGGCCAAAAUUCAGGUUUAUUUUGUUCAGUUUUAUGAUAUGACAUGGCUUCUUCCUGGGCAAGAAUGCAGAAUUAGGCCUGUAAUUUUCUCAGGGGAGGAGCAGAAAUUAUUAAGUUACGUUUAUAAGCUGAAAACAGAUGAAAAUACAAUAAAACUAGAUGCAUGACAACAAUGCCAAACAAUACUUGAAAAAUGAGUGAAAAGACUAUAUUAUUUGUACCAAACAAUGCCUAAUAUGUUUCCAUACAUGAGCUUGUUGGGUAUAUCUGCUGGGAUGUUAAAUAUUAUGUGUUUAAAUUAUUUUAUUUAAUCAUAGUUUUGUAGCUGUUUUUUUUUUCUUUGCAAAGCAAGUUAAAAAUAAUAAUAAUAUUUUAAUACAAUUUAAUUAAUACAAAGUGGCAAUUUAUGAAAACCUGCUGAAACUGUGUUGGAUAUUCAGUAUUCAGACAAAAUUAGUUUUUUUUUAUUUAUUUUUUUUUUAUUUCAUGAUGUGACUUCUUCCUAUAUAAUGAUAGAGAAUGGGGCCUGUAAUUUUCUCAGGGGAGGAGCUUUUAGAAAAAGCAGAGAUCUGACCAAAAGUGACCCCAGAACCCUGAGUACAUCCAGUCCCAUCCAAACAGGGCUUUAGAUCUGGUCUUUCUAAGGAGGAACUGAGAGCGACAGCUCUUUUUUUUUGCAGAACUGUGUUUAAAACCAUAAUCAGGGAUUUCUCAACAACGAAAACUGGAAGUGUUUCUAGAACAUUUAGAGGGUUGAGGGUAGAGAUAUGAGGGUAAAGUUGAAGAUUAUAAAUAGAAAAUGUUCAUAAAUAUAAUAUUAUUAGGAAAUAAGAAAGUUAACAGAUUUAUACAUCAAAUUAUUAUGAUAUAAUUUCAGUUUUAUUGAUAUACAAAUCUGGUAUAAUCAAUAAUAUUAGAUAUUAGAGCCAAGCCCUUUUUAUUAAACGUAUAAAACUAUCUGUGAUCAUUAUUUUUAUUUUCUUACCUGCAACAGCAUUUCGCAUUUUAAUCUGAUAUUCUGUGCCAUAAUGUUUGUAAAACAUAUAUAACAUUGUUAUAUUUGUGUUAUAUAUUUGAUAUGUAACAGUACCAACACUCACACGUUCCUUACAGUGUCUACAGUGACUUUAAUAGUGAUGAGUUUGAAUAUCAAAAACUACACACACACACAUAUAGUGAAACACACACACACACACACACACACACAGCUUUACACUGCGAGAGACGCGAGACGUUCGUGUACAUUUCUAUUGCAGAUAUAUUGAGUAAUUUAUUUUGUACAAACUCUUCUUAAAUAAGUGUCAUGCAUGAACUAGGCUCUGUGUUGGUGUCGUUUAUUUCUCAGAUGUGAGUUGGACCUGUGAGUUAAGUGAUCUUGCUGCUGUGAGGGGGAGGAUGGCACGUGUUAUCUUGUCUGUACAUCUGUAAAUACUUUUCAUAUAUCAUAUAUAAAGUUCCUGGGGGGAAAAAUAAGUGGAAAUAAAUCAAAUGUUUAUGAAUGAAA